AUGGCCUGGCGAUGCUCAGGCUCCACUAACAAGGAGCUGAUUGAGAACAUGUGGAGGCACAAGCUCAUCAGCGACGCGCGGGUCAAGGAAGCUUUUCUGAAGGUCGAUCGUCGUCAUUAUGCCCCUGCCCAGCCAUACGAAGACUCGCCACAAUACAUUGGCUACCAAGCUACCAUAUCUGCCCCUCACAUGCACGCCAUAGCCCUGGAGCAUCUCAUCUCCUUCAUGAUGCCGUCCGAUGCGUCGCCAGCGCCGCGUGCCCUCGAUAUUGGCUCAGGCUCCGGCUACCUGACCCAUGUCAUGGCGGAAUUGGUCGGUCCACGUGGGCUGGUUGUCGGCGUCGAGCAUAUCAAUGCACUGCGUGACAAGGGCGAGGCCAACAUGCGAAAGAGCGCAGAGGGAAAGCAGCUUCUCGAUACAGGAAAAGUCAAAUUUGUUGCGGCGGACGGCCGAAAGGGACUGGACGAGCCAGCACGAAAGGGCGAGGAGGAGCUUGGUACGCAGUGGGACGCCAUUCAUGUCGGGGCGUCAGCUAGCGAUGUACACGAUGAAUUAAUUCGCCAGCUCAAAUCGCCAGGCUGCAUGUUUAUCCCUGUCGAAGACGAACAUGAUCGUGACUCGCAGUAUGUCUGGCGGAUCGAAAAAGACAAGGAUGGCAACAUUUCACGACAGAGACUGUUUGGGGUUCGGUAUGUGCCGCUUACAGAUGCGCCCAAGGAAGAAAUCUUUUAA